GGAGGAGAGAAUAAACUGCGUAGCCAAACAAUCCAAAACUCCAAGAAUCAAUCAAUGGGUUCUCUCUCUCAGUAAAAAAAGUUAAUCGACAGUCCCGCCCUUCACUCCCACUCGAAUUGAAUCGUACUCGCUACUCUUCUUCGCCAAGAGUUCAAUUUUAUUUCUCCGUCAUGAGUUAUCCGAUUAUGAUCUCCGACGAUGAUGCUACUCCUCCUCAUAAGAGGCCUCGAAACAAUCCUCCCACCCCUACCCCUACCCCUACUGUUUUCAACAUUGAAACCGAAGCUUCUUCUUCUCCUCCUUUGCUCGUCGAUGACGACGACGAUGUCGUCACUGUAGUCAAGUGUCCCUUUGCUUCCGUAGCUGGCUCCUCUUCGCGAGGCCAUGAAGAAAAUUUCACCGGUAAAGGAGUAAUAUCUCUUCUUGACUCGGAUUCUGAAGAAGACACUCCCAGAUCUCAACCCCCCAUUAAUGCUCACCAACAUUGUCGACUGGACUCUGUUACCAGUGAUACAGAUUCUGAUCAUAGUACUGAUUGGUUGCGGGGUCCCAGUUCUCAAUCUUCACUUCCCAAAGUUUCUAUCCAGGUGGAUUCGGACCAAGAGAAUGAAGACAUUAGUGCUGAGAAAACGGGUAGCCAAAAGCAGACAUCAGGUUCUAAAAGUCCAUCUCUUUCUGGUAACGCUGUGCCAAGAAAGCGUUUGUCAAAGGAUGAAAGAAUCCGUGCGGCAGAGGAAAACAAGUUAAGAAAAGAACAAGAGAAACGACAGAGAGCUGCCUCGAAAGCAGAAGAAGCUGAGAAAAGAAAGUUGGACAAGGAAAUGCAGAAACGGCCGCUUAAAUCUAUCAUCGUCGAGAUUGAUCUUCAAUUGGUUGAAGGAGCCCUUGGAGCACCUCUGAUCUCACUGUUCGCUGAGAAAGGCAUUACAUACCGUGUCACCUCUAAUCCAAUCAAGAGUUCUAUUGUGUGGACAAUGACGACACUUCCAGACGAUGUUUCUCAGAAGAUUCCAUAUGUUUUACUUGUGUACGAGGCUGAAGAGUUUUGCAAUCUUGUUGGUAAUGAAAGACUUCUAGAAAGCAUCUCGAGAGUUCGGGACCAAUACCCAUCUUAUACAGUUUGCUACCUCACAAAUAACUUAAUGUCCUACGUGAAAAAAAGGGAAAAGGAAGGUUAUAACAACGUGGGAAAAUCCAAUGGUUGGAGUCGACCUCCUAUUGAUGAGAUGCUUGCAAAGCUAACAACGCACUAUGAUGGAGUGCAUUCCAGGCAUUGUAUAGAUGGGCCUGAGGUGGCUGCACAUGUUGUUGGUUUAACCAGCAGUCUGGCCUCUUGCCAGUUCAGGAAAAAGUCAUCUCGGUUAUCAGUAAAGGCUGAACGUGUGGUAGCCUCCAUGAAUUCAGUUGACAAGCACUUAAUUAAAAAGAGUCCAUGGUUAAAAGCAUUAGUAGCAAUACCAAAUGUGCAGCCAAGAUAUGCAGUAGCAGUGUGGAAGAAAUAUCCAACAAUGAAGUCUCUUCUUAAGGUGUAUAUGGAUCCUAACAAAUCAGAAAAAGAGAAGGAGCUGCUUCUAAAGGGCUUGAAGUUAGAAGGGUUAACAGGAGAAGACAGAAACUUAGGAAUAGUUGGUUCUAAGAGGAUAUAUAGAGUUCUCAUGUCUAAAUCUGGAGAACUUAAGAUUGAUGAAGUGGAGAACAGUCCUUCACAGAAUUAUUCUCCACAUGACUUGGACUAGAACAUUGUCAGACAAAAACCGUAGAGUGAUUGUGUUUGAGAUUUAAUUUUUGUACAUGUAUGCAAGUUACUAACGUGAGAAAAAGUUUAUAAUCUCAUAACUUUCUUCUC